GCAACAAACUAUAACAACAUACUCAUACGUUGUUUUAACGUGCGUUAACUUGUGUUGGCUGCAGAACUACAGAACUAGCUUUGUACUUCUCACACCUAUUUCCAGCCACCAUCACUAGCAAUCAACCGGCUCUUGCAUAAAAUGGUGGAGUAUUUUUAUUGUUGUAGUUGUAUGUAUCGUAUGAACUUCACAUGAACGCACGUUUUAUUAGCGUGCGUUGUGUGGCUCAUGUGGGUGUAUGUGUGUAAUGAGUAAGCGGCCUUUGUAUGUGUGGCAAUAAUUAGUUUGGGGUUGUAGUGUUGUGUGGUGAUGAUGCUGCCCUCUGUGUAAAACUCUUUCUUUUCCACCAUAAAUAAAGAAUUAUUAUUUCAAUUGUUGUUGGGAAUCAUUUAAACCAUUUGUGUUUGGCAAAAUAAAUUCCUAACCAUUGCUUGGGUAUAAUGGAAUCUGAACAGAUUAUAAGUGAAGUGAAAAAAAGACCCGUCAUAUGGGACUCAACCGAAGAAUGUUACAAAAACAAAAACAUGAAAAUGGAUGCCUGGAUGGAUGUAGCGGCCAGCAUAGAGCCUACCUUUAGAAACAUGACUGAGGCUGAACAGAAACUUGUGCUGCAUGAUAUAUCCAUGAAAUGGAGAUCGAUAAGAGACAAUUAUGUACGCUACAAAAAGAAAAUGUCGGAAACUUCUUCACGAAAUGGUGGAACUUUCGACGGCAAGCCAUUACGUUCCUAUGUGCAUGCCAAGCAAUUGAGAUUUCUCAACAAAAGUUUGAUGAAGGAGGCAGCGGCAGCAACACCGCCCACCUCGCCACCUCCCACUUCACCACCACCAAGUGCCAUUACUGAUUUUAUAGAUCCCAUGGAGUUGGUACAAACACAAGUUUUUGCCUUAGAGACCAUCCCAGAUUUUCCUAAAAUUGAAACGGAAGAUGUCAAUACAACAACCUGUUCCUAUAGCCUACCACCUAAAAUACCAAGGCCGGCAAAUUAUGUUAAGCAGAUGAGACCCUCUGGUGCAACCAUUAAUACAAACACCUCGCCAUCGACAUCGAUGUUGUCUUCAUCCUCAUUGGCACCUUUGCCUUUAUCUUUGGAAGAGAAACUAAGUAAAUUUAUGGAAGAUCACAAAGCCAAGGCAAUAGAUGAAGAUUUGUCAUUCUUUGAGUCUAUGCUUCCCACCAUAAAACUUUUGAAUAAUGAUGAAAAACUUGAAUUUCGAAUUAGGACACUGCAAUUGUUGCAGGAUAUAAAGAGAAAACACGACAAUUUACCCCCUGCAGAAAAUGUAACCACUUAUGACUAUGUGUCAAUAAAACAAGAGAUAUAGAGACGCGGUUUUGUAAUAAAUUCUAUAAAGAAAAAAGAAA